GGAGGGGGGGCAGUCGUCAGUAGCAGCUCUGUUUACACGUUGCACACUGGGCCAUGUCUGCCCCACGCCUGGGACAAGCUGAGCCCUAAGCUCCUGCGGGUGCAAAGCUGCCAUCAUGACAAAACUUGCACAGAAAGUUGCAGAAGACAAUAAGGUUCCGUAUCCCCCUGGUGGCGAAGCAGUUUCAUUGCAGCCUGCUGACUAUAAGACCACUGGGGUGAGAAAACAUGGAGUUGCUCUGCCGUCUAUUAACUACCCGGUGCCCUCAUAUCCCAACUCAGACCUAGACUGGAAGCCGAGCGCAAGAUGGUUGCCCUCCCCUCGAUAUUCCGAUGCUCCCUUUCCUCACAUAAAAGAUAUGAAGUUUCCAGAUAGGAUCAGACUUAUGCGGCAAGGACCAAGCCCUGGAGAUAUGGGGUCCGAGUGGAGCUUUUAUCCCACUUCAGGGUUACCCUUCACGUACCACCUUGGGAAGCGCUGUGCGUUUGAAGGGAGGCACUUGGGAAACCGCGCUUCACUGGAUGUACAGCAGCUGGAUACUUGCUUUGGGAAAAAGAAAAAGGUCCGUGACCCCCGGAAUGGAAUCCCCUUUUCCAACCCAGGAGACAAACCUUUCCAUAGCCCAGAGUACAGCCCCAGUUUCCAUAAAUUUGGAUCUACGAGGCCGCUAAUCAGUUUCAGGGACUCGUAUAGAGUGAGAGCAGAUACGUUCAUCCCACUGCAGAAAAUGCCCCCAAAUCCUCGGGUCCCAUACAGAGAGAAGGAGGCCAAGCAGAACUGGGAAGAAGCAAAGCAAGAAGUGAAGGAGCUGAGCACAUGGAAACCUUCCCAGCGGAGCUUCACACUUGGAUUACCCGUCAAUGGGCAGCAAACAAAUGGAGAAUAACUGUGGCGUGGAAGUGCGGCAGGGGGGGGGGGAAUAUUGGGGGGGGGCAGGCAAGUGAUGUGCAUUUGUAUGUGUGUUGGGAUUUUUUUUGCAGUUUGGUUACAUUGAGAAUAAAGGUGGUUACAAUAACA